GUGACAUUACUUUCAUUAAUGGCGGAGGAAAAUAUACAAGAGAGGAGGCGCAGCUAGCCGUAAAAAUAUUAAUAGAUUUGAACAUAUACUUUACUACCUGUGUUUUUGUAUUAGCUAACUAAAAAAACAAUUCAAUAUGCCUGCGGUAAAAGGAGAAGGAAUGAGAGGACUUCAAGUUUUCAUAUCCGAUAUUCGUGCUUGCAAAUCCAAGGAAGCUGAAAUGAAACGUAUCAAUAAAGAACUUGCAAAUAUUAGGUCAAAAUUUAAAGGUGACAAACAGUUGGAUGGUUAUCAGAAAAAGAAAUAUGUGUGCAAGCUUCUGUUUAUUUUCCUUCUGGGAAAUGAUAUUGAUUUUGGACAUAUGGAAGCUGUUAAUCUAUUGUCAUCAAACAAAUAUUCUGAAAAGCAAAUUGGUUACUUAUUUAUAUCAGUUUUAAUUGGUGCAAAUAAUGAAUUGAUGAAGCUGAUUAUCCAACAUACUAAAAAUGACUUGAAUAGCAGUAAUCCAAUUCAUGUCAGCCUGGCAUUACAGUGUAUUGCUAAUAUUGGUAGUCCUGAUAUGUUGGAAGGAGUUGGUCAUGAUGUUCCAAAGUUAUUGAUUUCUGGUGAGACGACAGAUGGUGUAAAACAAUGCGCCUCAUUGUGUUUGCUAAAGUUGUUUCGAAUAAAUCCAUCAGUCUUACCCCGCACUGCAGAAAUGGCCUCAAGGAUUUGUCAGAUGAUAAAUGAUUCUAAUUUGGGUGUUGUUACUUCAGCUGUUAGUUUGAUCUAUGAGUUUGUUCAAAAGUUUCCAGAUGAUUAUAAAGGGAGUGUAAAUCUAGCCAUAAAUCGAUUAACAAAGAUUGUCACUUCACCAGAUUUAAAAGAUUAUACAUAUUAUUUUGUCCCUGCACCAUGGCUGUCAGUAAAACUGCUGAAGCUGUUACAACUGUAUCCUGCUCCAGAUGAUGCUGCACAAUUAGGUAAACUAACAGAAUGUUUGGAAACUAUUUUGAAUAAAGCUCAGGAGCCACCGAAAUCCAAGAAAGUUCAGCAUUCAAAUUCAAAAAAUGCAGUUUUAUUUGAAGCCAUAAAUUUAAUAAUUCACCUGGACAGUGAUCAACACCUUCUUAUAAGAGCGUGUAAUCAGCUAGGACAAUAUCUAACACACCGCGAAACAAAUUUGAGAUAUCUUGCUCUGGAAAGUCUUUGUGCAAUGGCAAAUUCCGAGUUUUCUGCGGAAGCUGUAAGAAAACACCAAGAGACUGUUAUCAAUUCUUUAAAGACUGAGCGUGAUGUCAGUGUGCGUCAACGUGCAGUUGAUCUUCUUUAUGUUAUGUGUGACAGCACUAAUGCAACUGAAAUUGUAUCUGAAAUGUUGAUCUAUUUAAAACAAGCUGAUUUUGGUAUUCGAGAAGAGUUGGUCUUAAAGAUAGCUAUCCUUGCUGAGAAGUAUGCUACAGAUUAUUCUUGGUAUGUGGAUACAAUCUUGGAGUUAAUUCGUGUGGGAGGAGAUUUUGUUGGUGAAGAGGUUUGGUAUCGCGUAAUUCAAGUUAUUAUCAACAGAGAUGAUAUUCAAGGGUAUGCUGCGAAAACUGUAUUUGAAGCAAUUCAAGCGCAUGAUUGUCACGAAAACAUGAUCAAAGUGGGGGGCUACAUUCUCGGUGAAUUUGGAAACUUAAUUGCAGGAGAUCCAAGAUCAUCGCCUAUUGUUCAAUUCCAAUUGCUACACUGCAAAUUUCCGCUGAGUUCGACCACGACAAAAGCAUUAUUGCUGUCAGCGUACAUAAAACUGAUAAAUCUUUUCCCAGAAAUUAAAGGGACUAUUCAACAGGUCCUUCGCAGUGAUUUGAAUGUGAAAAAUGCGGAUACGGAGUUGCAGCAGAGAGCUAUUGAAUAUUUACAACUAAGCAGUAUUGCAACUCAAGACGUCUUAGCCACUGUUCUUGAAGAAAUGCCACCAUUCCCAGAAAGGGAAUCUUCCCUGCUGGCAAAACUGAAGAAAAAGAAGGGAGAAAAAGUUGUGAAGGAAGAUAAAGAAGCUGAUGCACCUCAACCUACCGCUCAACAAACGACUAUCGUCCCGCCUGCCUCUAAUGAAGUUGCACCACCACCAUUGCAAAUUUCGCAGCCUGCAUCAACUGGCACACUUUUGGAUAUUUCUGAACCCAGUCCAGUUGGUGGUGGUGGUAUAUCAUUAGAUUUUCCUUCUGCACCUACUGUACCAGCAACGGAAGACGCAAUAAAGAAAUUUGUCUGCAAGAAUAAUGGUAUACUAUUUGAGAAUGAAAUCAUCCAAAUCGGUGUUAAAUCAGAAUAUAGACAAAAUGUUGCACGUCUUGGAAUAUUUUACGGUAACAAGACUUCGUAUCAAUUGACCAACUUGAAUGUGCAGAUGCAAGAUUUCCCAAAUAACCAACUAACGUUUGAGUUACAAAGCAUAAACAAUAUCAUUGAUGGUGGUGCUCAAAUCCAACAAGUAAUAAAAGUGAACUGUAUUGACCUAUUUACAGACACUCCAUUGCUUAUCGUAAGUUUCAGUGUGAACGGAGUUCCUCAAAGAUUUGCAGUUCAUUUACCAAUCUUCUUAAGCAAGUUUUCAGUAUCGGCUGAAAUGUCUGUUACUGAUUUUUUUAACAGAUGGAAAGCCCUAAGCAACCCUGGGCAGGAAAGUCAAAAGGUGUUUAAUGCGAAUUUUCCAAUUGACACUGAAGCAUCGAAAUUAAAAUUGUUAGGUUGUAAUAUGGGAUUGUUGGAUGGAAUUGAUCCUAAUCCAGAUAAUUUCGUAACAGCCGGUAUCUUACACACGCAGAGUGCUCAGAUAGGAUAUUUGCUACGAUUAGAACCAAACAGCCAAUCACAAAUGUAUCGACUAACAAUUCGUGCUUCAAGACCUGGUAUCGCUGAAGUACUUACAAAUUUACUUGUGGACCAAUUUUGAAAUUUGAAAUUUAAUUUUAAAUGGUUGUAAAAUAAUUUAUAUUUUCUAUACCUCUCCUUUUUUCUCAAAGAAGCUAGUCCUUUUGAUGAGGUAGAUAUACAUACGUAUCUGUCAUCAUAUUGACAGCGUGGCGGGAUUAUUUUCUUGUCUUUUUUUCGUUUAAAAAGAUCCAUUUUUUAUAUUUUUUUAAAUUUGUUCUUAUGAUUAUAAUGAUGAUGUGUUUUUCGAUUAGUAUCUGUGGUCCUAGAAAAUUUUUUAAGGUAUAUCAUUUUAGUCUUGUAUCUACUCGAAUAUUUUCUCAGUAAGUCAAGUCUUUCCUUCAUUACUAAGAUAUUUAUUGUUCACCUUAAAAAUUUUUAUGCGUCAUAAUAAAAAACCUUUUUUCGAAGAAUUAUUUUGUAUAUUUUACCUAUCUAUUUUUAGUUUCCACAACCUUGUUUCUAGUUUUCCGUUAAUUAUAAGCUUUAGCGUGGUUCGUAAGGCAUAUGGGAUAAUCAAAAUAAUCGUCUUUGUUAUUAUGUAUUAUGUAGAAUAUUAGUAAGGCAGAUGUUGUAAUUAUGUCUCAGAGAGAGCGCAAAAGAUAAAAAGUUUCGCAGAAGAAAAUGAACUUGUGUA